AUGGCACCCACCUGCACCAACAGCACACAGGAGAACACCACCACCCAGGCGUGCACACCCCUUUCCAAAAUGCCCAUCAGCCUGGCUCACGGCAUCAUCCGGUCGACUGUGCUGCUCAUCUUCCUCACCAUCUCCUUCUUUGGCAACAUAGUCCUGGUGCUUGUGUUGCAGCGCAAGCCGCAGCUGCUGCAGGUGGCCAACCGCUUCAUCUUUAACCUCCUCAUCACCGACCUGCUGCAGAUUGCUCUUGUGGCCCCGUGGGUCGUGGCCACCUCCGUGCCUCUCUUCUGGCCCCUCAACAGCCACUUCUGCACGGCCCUGGUUACCCUCACUCACCUGUUCGCCUUUGCCAGUGUCAACACCAUUGUCGUGGUGUCCAUAGAUCGCUACCUGUCCAUCAUCCACCCACUCUCCUACCCAAACAUGAUGACCCAUCGCCGUGGUUACAUGCUCCUCUACGGCACCUGGAUUGUGGCCACCUUGCAGAGCACACCCCCACUCUAUGGCUGGGGCCAGGCUGGCUUUGAUGAGCGCAACGCCCUCUGCUCCAUGAUCUGGGGGUCCAGCCCCAGCUACACGGUUCUCAGCGUGGUGUCCUUCAUCAUCAUCCCACUGGCUGUCAUGAUCGCCUGCUACUCUGCAGUGUUCGGUGUAGCCCGGAAGCAGCAUGCCCUGCUGUACAAUGUCAAGAGCCGCAGCCUCGAGGUUCGGGUCAAGGACCGUGUGAAGAAUGAGUGUGAAGACGGAACAGUGAAGGAUGAGUUCCAGGAUGAGAGUGAGUUCAAUGGCCAGGAUGAAGGUGAGGUCAAGGCCAAGGAGAGCAACUCGGAGGUAGAAGAGGACCCCACGGAAGCCAAGAAUGGCAGCAUGAAGGGAAAGGAAGGAAGCGUGCAGCUGAGUGAGUGUGCUGUGGGGGCCAAGGGCAGUGAAGAGGUCAGUGUUGGCAGCUUGGAAGGUAAGAAGGGCAGCGCAAAGUCAGACAAGGGCCAUGCAGAGGUCAGUCAGUGCAACAUUGACUUGGGCGAAGAUGACAUAGAAUUUGGUGAGGAUGACAUCAAUUUCAAUGACGGUGACGUCGAAGCCGUGAACAUCCCAGAAGGCCUCCCUCGGAGUCGCCGGAACAGCAGCAGCCACCCUCCUCUGCCCAGGUGCUAUGAGUGCAAGGCUGCUAAAGUGAUCUUUCUCAUCAUUUUCUCCUAUGUGCUGUCCCUGGGGCCCUACUGCUUCCUAGCAGUCCUGGCCGUGUGGGUGGAUGUCCAAACCAAGGUGCCCCAGUGGGUGAUCACUAUAAUAAUCUGGCUUUUCUUCCUGCAGUGCUGUAUUCACCCCUAUAUCUAUGGGUACAUGCACAAGACCAUCAAGAAGGAAGUCCAGGGUAUGCUGAAGAAGUUAUUCUGCAAGAAAAAGUCUUCAAGAGGAGAAGGUAGCCACCCAGAUGUGCCCGGAAGUGAAGCUGGUUCAGAGAGAGGAACUGAAGGCAAGAUUGUUCCGUCCCAUGAUUCCGCUACUUCACCUUGA